AUGUGCGGAAGCGGAGUAUAUCGGUAUUUGUUGUGGGCAUCCUAUGAUGGUGCUCGUUUUUUGUCCAUUACUAAUGGAAGCAGCAAUUAUAAUGUGCUUAGUUUUCUGAAAGCACUUGUUCGGGAAACUUUUCCAGAUAUUGCAAACCAGUUAAAAAUGUCGCCAUCAAGCAGAACUGAUGCGGGAGUACAUGCAAUACGGAAUGCUUUUAUCAUGCAAAUUCCCAUCGGAAAUGCGGAUGAAGGCAAAAGUAAUCUACUCGAUGACUGGAAUCACAAAGCUAAUGAAAGCAUUGGUGCAUCAUUACGUAUUUUGGAUUUUCAUACCGUCUCAAAAGGUUUCUGUUCCAGGAAAAAUGUUUCAUACAGGAAAUAUAAAUAUCGAUUAGCCAUAGCAAAAAGCGAAGAACAAUGGUUGAAAAAUAUAGAACAACCGUUGUUGUGGCAAUUUGCCGAAAGGCCAUAUAUAUGGUUUUUGCCGAAUGGUUUUGAUAUUCGGAAGGCUGCAGAUGCGUGUUCAUUAUUUCAAUACAUCUUCACACUUUCUGUUCUAAACUCCGAGAAAGUGCUUUCUUUUCAUGGCACUCAUAAUAUGGCCUCGUUCAUGAAAUAUCCACGGCGUAAUCGGUUAAGGACUGAUAUUUGCACUGCGACAAUGAGGCAUAUGUUACACGUUGGCAUUUCUGGAGGGAGGAGUCGUUUUGGGAAUGCUGAUGGUUUCAGUUUAAUCGAUAUUAAUGUUAUUUCAAGAUCGUUUUUGCGUUCACAGGUAAGACAUAUGGUACGCACCAUUGUCGAGCAUGCUUACGGACGUCUGCAGCGGGAACGUUUGAUAUGGCUCUUAAACAACCCAAAUCCUGAAAACUUCCAUCAUUUCGGGAUGGUAACAGCUCCACCCCAAGGAUUAUUCUUAGAAGAUGUUGUGUAUGACGAACGAAUGUUUAUUAAUCCUGUACCGUACCAUUAUCAUAACUGGGACGAUGCAAUGGAUGAAAUGCUUUUUGAUGAAGCGUUUUGA